UAUCAUAAUCGUCGGGCGAUUGUACUUUUUCGUCAGGAACCCUCGGCUAGAUGAUUCUGAGGAGAGUUCGGUCUUUUCUUCCGGCAUUUCAGCAAUUUCAUUGUAUAUUGUCAUCAAAGAGUCGACAAUUGUCGAGAUUGAUGAUGAGCAGUGCAACGACAGAUAAUUUGGACGACACCCAAGUGCAGCUCCUUGCCGAGCAGUGCAUCGUGGUAGACCGAGAUGACAAUGUUAUUGGAGCAGCUAGCAAGAAAGAAUGCCACUUGUAUGAAAACAUCCAAAAAGGUUUGCUUCAUAGAGCCUUCAGUGUGUUCCUAUUUAACAACAAAGGAGAACUUCUCCUACAGCAGAGGUCAGAUGCCAAAAUUACAUUCCCAGGAUUCUGGGCCAAUACAUGCUGCAGUCAUCCCCUUCAUUUUGAUGAAGAGAUGGAGCUUAAAGAUGCCCUUGGAGUGAAGAGAGCUGCCAGGAGGAAACUCAAGCAUGAAUUAGGAAUUGAACCUGAGCAGGUACCCAUUGAAGGCUUCACGUACCUAACUCGGGUCCACUACCAGGCAGCGUCUAAUGAAGGUAUAUGGGGCGAGCAUGAAAUUGACCAUGUCCUCAUCUUCCAAGGGGAGGUAGAUUUGAACCCUGAACCCAACGAGGUCCAGGAGGUGCGCUAUGUUAACCCCACCCAGCUCGAGGAGCUAUUAUGUGCCGGAGACAGGGAGGACGCGAGGGUCAGUCCGUGGUUCGCUAAGAUCUCCCGCCAUCUCCUCAUUCCAAAAUGGUGGACAAAACUAGAAGAUGUCAGCAGCUUCCAAGACCAUGAAACAAUACACAGGUUAUAGUGUCAUACUGUAUAUUAUGUUAUAGGAAGUGCUCCUUUAUGUAAUUUAUAAAAGUGAUUGCAUCUUCAGGCUGAAGAGGGUGCUACCAGGGGGAUGUUUCACAAAGAUCCUAAGUUGGACUUUACAAUAAUGGAAAGCUGUUAGCA